AAACAGUUCUGCGUUACAUUAUACUCACAACUGCCUGAAGUCCUCGUUCGUUGUGUGUGAUAUAAGUCACACCUUAUUAUUUUAAAUAUUACUUUUUCUUUUUAUAAUUACGUAACUGGCCUUUGUGUUUGCGGUGCAACUUCAAAAUGAGGAAUAUGUACAAAGUGUGGUUCGUUGCUGUGGUGUUUGCGAUAGUUUUGUCAGCAGUGUACAGCCAUGCCACACCAUCGGAACAGUGCCCGGGAGAAUCGUUCGAGGAUUUGCAGGAGAGGAUCCAGGUGACACCGUGCGGCAAAACUCGCUGCAAGCUCCCGAAGAACAGCAACAUCACUGUUGUAUUCAAAUUCACUCCAAAAAAAGAGGUUAAGUCAAUUACGAACGAAGUGCACGCGAACAUUGCCGGUGUACCUCUACCGUUCAUUGGAGUCGACGGUACGGAUGCGUGCGGCAAUGUGAAGCGCGCCGACACGCAGGAGGCGGUGGCGUGCCCUCUACCGGCCGGCCAAGACUACGUCUACACAAACGUGUUUCCAGUACAGCCCUUCUAUCCCGCAGUCAACCUAAGAGUGCACUGGAAUCUCAAAGACGGUAAAAAAAGCUUAAUAUGCUUUGAAGUACCAGCAAUUAUUACAGCUGGUAAGAAAAAUUAACUUACUUAUUGUGAAAACAAAUAACUAUAAAAUAUUGUGAUAUGUACUCGUACAACUUACAAGUACUCAUGUACUCCCUAUUUUUUACGAUGAUCCAGACAAUAGUUUUGGAUUUUAAAAAGAUUUUAAAUAAUUAUAAAUUUUAUUAUAAAUUAAAUUAAACACAUUUUGUAUUUUUUUAUAUUUAAUUAAUUAUUUGUAAUGGCAUUUGAAACAAAGUAAAAAAUUAUUCUCCACGACCUUCUUCUCACUUACCUACAUAAACCUAAAAUUAUUUUAUAAUAAUAUACUAAAACAUUACUAUAUAUAAAUAUUACUUGUCAGUUCAAUCCGAAACAACAUAGAUUUCGUAAUAAGUUACAAUCUAUUGUUGUUCAGAAUAUUUGAAAUAUUGUUGUUCUUUUGAGCUUGACUUAUGGGUUAUGUAGGAUUUAUAACUGUGAAAUUUCAUAAAUA